AUGAUAUUUUUCUGAUGGACAAAACUUUUGGGUUUGACACUGCUGUUGAGGAAGCACAAUGAGCCAUUAAAUCAGCUUACAUCGAGGCACAUAGUGCAUACCAUGGUAUAGGAAUUGUAAAGUUGAUGGGUCGUAGCAGUGGAUUUAUUGCUAUGCAUGCAUCCCUGGCUAGUGGACAAAUCGAUAUAUGCUUGAUACCAGAGGUACCUUUCCAUUUACAUGGUCCUCAUGGUGUUUUGCGGCAUCUGAAAUACCUCAUUGAGACAAAAGGAUCAGCAGUGGUCUGUGUUGCUGAGGGAGCAGGGCAGAAACUGCGAAGCUAUAUGAAACAGUUGGAAUGGGAAAUGGAGAGAAUGAGCCAAAGCAAGAGUGAGAGUUGGAGGAUGUUAUAGUAGACAAUACUCUCCAAGUUUCUUGUUAUAGUAACUUUUCAAUAUGUUGAAUAUUUAAGAAUACUUGAAUACUUAAAGAACAUUUUGUUGUUGAUGACAGUGUUGAAUAUUUUAAACUAAUUUGUGGAUUGUUAAUACAAUGUUGAAUGUUUUUU